UCCUCCUUCUUCGAGCUAAAACCCUUUAAACCCCUAAUUUCCUCUAUCUCUAUAUCAUUCGGUUCAAAAUUCGAAUUCAAAUUGCCGUUUGAGUUUUCGUAGACGCCGAUUCGGCUCGUGGGGUUUCGCAUACGGGAGGGAUUAAGAUUGGAUUUUGGAUCUUCAAUUUCUCGUGUUUAUUUUGAAUUUGUGUUUAUCUGGGGUUUCGUUGAUAAUCAAUCGUGAGCUUGUGGGGAAAAAGUUUCUGGGUUUCUUCAGACACUGAGAAAUUCGAAAUUCGAAUUCUUCUUUAGAAUGGGAGAAGGAGUCGAAUUCCCGCCAAAAAAAGAGGUUCCAGAUUCAGAAGAGUCUGAUAUUCCGACGAAGAAGUCGGCGAGGCAACUCGACUUCACUGGUGGCUCCGGCUCCGAUGUGGAGCCUUCACAGUCUAAUAAAACCUCAGCUGCAUCAAUCUCUUCAACAGCGACGGUGGUUACUCCGAUUCCACUGUCAGAAUCUCACGCCCAAAUCAGGCUUCCGAAAACCGAAUCUCCGAAAUCUAAGCCGAGGCCUGUAGAUGGAACCCCUCAGAAGAAAAAACACUGCAACUGUAAACACUCACGGUGCUUGAAGCUGUAUUGUGAAUGCUUUGCUUCCGGCGCCUACUGUGAUGGUUGCAACUGUAUCAAUUGUUUCAACAACGUUGAAAGCGAACCCGCGAGACGAGAAGCAGUUGAAUCAACUCUGGAACGGAAUCCAAAUGCGUUCAGGCCUAAAAUCGCUAGCAGUGACGCACGAGAUAACAGGGAGGAGGUUGGUGGAGUUGUGAUGUUAGGGAAACACCACAAAGGCUGUCACUGCAAGAAAUCGGGAUGUCUUAAAAAGUAUUGCGAGUGCUUUCAGGCAAACAUUCUUUGUUCUGACAACUGUAAAUGCUUGGGUUGCAAAAACUUUGAAGGAAGUGAAGACAGGCUAGCUCUCUUUCACGGUGAACAUUCCCACAACGUGGCUUAUCUCCAACACGCAAAUGCUGCCAUAACUGGAGCUAUAGGUUCCUCUGGCUUUGCAUCUUCUCCAGCUCCCAAGAGAAAGAAAGAUCAGGACUUUUUUUUCACCCAACCAACCAAAGAUUCAUCUAAUCAUAGGCUUGGCCAGGCAAAUAGUGUAAGAAUGACAUCUUCGAAACCUGUUUCUCGUCGUGGAGGCAAUGCGUCGUUAGGCCCAUCCAAAGUUUUAUAUAGGUCUCUCUUGGCAGACAUAAUUCAACCACAAGAUGUGAAAGCACUUUGUUCUGUUCUGGUUUCUGUAGCUGGUGAAGUAGCAGAAAAGCGGUUGGAAGAUAAGACAGAAACUUCCUUGGCUUCUUCUGCAAAAGACAAUAAUAAAGGUACCGAGGCCGAGAGAGAGGCUAGCGGAAAUCAAGCUGAUAAAUCUGGUGCUGAGGAAUCCAAUUCAGAUGGCUCUAAAAGCAGAGACCUGUCUCCAGAAACUUUGGCAUUGAUGUGUGAUGAACAAGACACUAUGUUAAUGGUUGCAGCAUCACCUAAAUGUUUGGUGGAGUCCUCCUCGCAGCUACCAAACGGGCAAGACCAGGUUUAUUCAGAGCAGGAGAAAGUAGUAUUAACCAAGUUCCGUGACUGCCUUAACCGAAUAAUCUCCUACGGAGAAUUUAAAGAAUCAAACUGUUCUUUGUCAAGAAUGGAUCUUGACUCACCUGUACAAACCGCUGUGAAAAUCGAGCCAGUGGUUCAAGAAGGAGCAGUCGCGAAUGGAGUUUCACAAACCACGAAACAACAACCUUCUCAGCUAACCUCCUCACACGCUCAAAUUCAACAACCUCAAGCUCUCUCUGAGAAGAAAGACCAAUGAGUCAUUAAUAUUUACUCCUAACUUUACAGAGAGCAAGCAACAAUGCAGCUGAAUCUGCGUCGCCAUACUUGAUUGAUUUAUGAGGUAACGCCACCAACUUUGGCAGGUGAUUACAGAGUAUUAUCAUACAACAACUAUUCACAAAGAUUGUAUUAUUAGGCUUUCUUCUUUCUUCCAUUCACAUUCUUCCUUUUGAUUCAUUAUUGUUUGUUUACGAAUUGUUAUCAUUAUUUGUGUACAUUGCCACAUAGUCCACU